AUGGGGAACUUCAUGAUCUUCUCAACUGAGACCUGGCCUCUUCAAGAAAAGCAAAGAGAUGUUACUCAAAGUUCCUGUAUAAAUGUGGAUACUAAGUAUUCCAUCCAGUUCAUGGCAGUGGUGGCGGCAGACGGACAGCACCAGGGCAAGACAGGGUCUCACCGUGUAGCCCUAUCUGGCUUUGAAUGGAAGGUGUUCACCACCAGACCCAGGAGUAUGACAAUACUGUGGGUCACAGUAGUAUGCAUGGUAGAAGAGCUUAGUAAAAUACUGCAUUGUGAGAAAAAUGAAGAUAAUCAAAAGUCUGAUGUAGAAGUACAGACAGAGAGCCACGCUCCUAGGUCAAUUUCAGAUUAUUACUAUCAGACAUAUUAUAACGAUGAUAAUCUUCCCAGUAAAGAGACGGAACUGUCUGCACAGCAGAGUCAGUUUGUUCAAGCGUCUGCUCUCGACUCUAAAGCCAAGUCACGAAUAGACAGUGAGAGCUACGGUACUGAGAUGGCAGAAAGUGUUAACCACAGACACGAGGAUCCCUUCACCUCCGAUUCACAGGUAAGUGCUUCCGGGUUAGCAGGAGGCUCAGCGCUCGGAGGGUCCUCGCCAGCUGAAAGCCUGAGAGCCGCUGCACCGCUUUACUUUGACCACAGCACUGGUUUCUACUAUGGUUCUGAGAACCAACUGUAUUAUGAUGCUUCCACUGGGAUUUAUUACUACUGUGAUGUGGAAAGUGGUCGGUACCAGUUUCACUUGCACGUAGAUUUACAGCCUUACCAGACCUCUAGCACAAAACCAAGCAAAGAUAAAAAAUUAAAGAAGAGAAGAAAGGAACCAGGAAUGCCAUCUACGAAGCUGCUGGGGAUCAGAGGACUCACCCUGGUUGUGUGGAUCCCAGGCAUAGUUCCAUUGCCUGUCAGUCAUUCGGGAGAAAAUCAGCUGAUCCUGACCCGUCAUAAGAGAGACUUUGGUAUUAUCAUUGCAAUUAUAACAGCCAUUGCCACUGCAGCUACUUCGGCUGCAGUGUCCAGGAUCGCCCUCCCAAUCUGUUGUUAUGCCAAGCAAGGUGAAUAA